AUGUUUACGGUCGAUGCUUCAUUACACACUCGCAAGUAUACACUCUCUUUCUCUCUCUAUACGACCUUUCCGUCCGUCCAUCCGUCUUUUGCGCGCGACCGCCACACGAUAAUGCGAUCGUGCUGCGCGGCUGUCAUUUUUACUCCCACCGUCUGACCCUCCAACUCUCUCGCCCCUCUUUGCAUCCCUCGCGCACUCCGCGCCCGAGAGACAAAGAAGAACUCGUUUUUGGUGCGAGAUGGUUUCAAAACGUGAUUGAUAAGAUUAGAGGAUGGGAUAAAAUUUUUUGGCUAGGGAGAUUUUUUGUGACGGACGGAAAGGUGACAAAGAAAAAAGAAAAUUGAACAAAAAAAAUUGCAAUAUUCGGUAGUGGAUAUAUCGGGAAUUUAUACCUUAAACCUGGUUCAAAAAUGAAGAGAUCAAGGUAGGUAUAAAGAAUAUCAAAAAUUCUGCUAGAAAUAAGAGGUUUCAGUGAAAGUAAACAAUUUUUUUUUUGAGUAACCAGCCUAAAAACUUGAUUUUUUGAGCGAUUUUAAGACUAAGGGUAAUAAGGAGCGAUGAAGAAUUGAGUAUGGGGUGAAAAAGACGAAAUAAACGAAAAAAAUUGAGCGAAAAAAAAAAUACAAAAAUCAAGGCAAGACUUGGUGUUGAGGCUGAUAAUAAGUAUAAGAAAGGUGUACAAGAGAUUCUGAGAGGUUUCGCUGAGAAAUAAGCAAGUUGGAAAAGGAGAAAAGAGCCGGACCGGACGACACGUCGGUGUGCCACAGUAGUUGGAGCGGCCGCUACUCUGACGGCGCUCUGGGACCGCCUCCGUGUCUGACGCCAAAUAUGACUCUGACGCCAUCCCCGCCCAGCACACUCUCUCCCCCUACUCUAGCCAACCACCCAAUCAAAUCGGUGGCUCCACCUCCUGGCGCCACGGCCUUUCGUUGUGAAGGUUACGGUAAUGGUCUCCCACACCUACACGCUCUCUCGUCCAAUGCGUUAUAUGCGACCGAGGGACCGUGUGAGCGUUAG